UUGCAGUUGGACGCUAACCUUGACGGACGAAAGUUUUUCUGUGGUGGCUAAGGAUUGCUCCAGGAACCACGAGCCCUUGGAUAUUUAACUCAAUUUAAGGAUCGUUGGAUUUACUAUUUGGGCUACAGUCACUCACCUGUUCUGAAAGAACCAACUGGUGCAUCUGGUGAGCUGAUGUCUGGAAGUACCGGCGUGUGGCCCAGAUUCACCUCUGCUUGGCAGAGAAGAAGAAAAGAGAGCGAAGGAAGAAGGAAUGGCACAAUGGCAAAUAAGAAGACCCGUGUAGGAUCCGUGACAGAAGAACCAGAGAGACAGAGAAGAGAGAAAGCAGAAGAGGAAAGAAGAAGAAGAAACAAAGAAGCCAAAGUGGACUAUGCAUCUGCAUAUGUCCAGGAGUGGCGGAACAAGCUGAUAAGGAAACGUGUGGAAUGCAACUUGAAAGAAAUGGACAGAGAUCAAAGGAUGGCAGCACUAAAGGAACAAGACGAAAUAGAAUGCCGCAUACAGAUGCAGGCCGUUAGUCAUCAGAUCGCCAUGGAGCAAGAAAGCAAAAGAAGACGUGAGGAAGCGCGGAAAGAGGAGAUGAAGAAAACCGUGUUGGAGAACUUCAAUGUCACCGAGUACCUGCCAGAACUGGAGGAAAUCCGACUGAAGAAGCUAGAGAAGAAGGAAAAGGAAAUACUUACCAAGCAAGAAGAAGCAAGACAGCAACGAUGGCAGAAAGAAAAGGAGCAGCGAGACAAGUAUGAGAAGAAAGAGAAGAAAGACGAGAGGAAGGAAGAUAAGAGAAAAGACAAGUGGCAGAAGAAGGAAGAGGAAAUAAGGAAGAAAGAAGAGAAAGAAAGGCAGCAAAGGAUUAAAAGACGGACAGAACGACAACAGAAGAAGGACGAGAAAAGAGAGAAGGCUGUUUCAAAGAUGGUCACAAAGGAGCUCAAAAAGGAGGACGAACGACUGAAGGAGGAAGAGGAGAGAAGAAGAAAACAAGAGAGAGAGGAGCAGAAAAGGGAGAAGAAGAAGAAACAGCAGGAGCUAAAGACAUUUGAGAGAGAGAAGAAAAAAUGGAUGGAACAAUGCGAAAAGGAUCAGAAGGAGAAGAAAAAACAGCGGAAGAAGGAAGAAAAGGAAAGAAGACUGAACAACAGGAAGGCAGAGAAGAAGAGGGAAAAAUAUGAGGUCACAGCUCAGGACGUCUGGGCGGAGAGGAGGCUGAAGACGGUGGAGACCGGGGCAGCUGAUCUCAGCCCCUUCAUCUGUGAAUUUUCUGCAGACGCCAACCCGAGUCCAGCGGAGGAAACGGUGACUUGGUGGAAACCAAAGCUCUGGUUUCGCACCAACGUCGUCCGCAUCCACCCAGUUUAAAAGGUGGAUGGACCGUCCUGGAGGAGCCCACCCCCUCAAGAGGACACCGUCUUCAUCUCCUCCUCAUCAGAGGAGGAGACACGUACCAAUUUAUUUGUUUUACUAUUUGUUCUGUUAGGUAAAGUUAAAGUUAGAUUGAGAUAAGAUGUUCUGUUCUGUGUCUGUUCUGACACUUUAUUUGUUCUUAUUAUUAGUGAUCGUUUUGUAUUAUUGUGUUUUUAGCUGCAGAAGGUGACCCCCAGCAACGACACAACCGAACUGGACCAAGAUCCUGCGUUCCAAGCAGCUCGGGCCCAAGAUGGAGAUCUUAAACCGACGCAGGAACAACAGCUGCACAUUUACACUGAGUGCAGCUGUGGAGGCUGGAGAACUUCAUCCACGGAUAGGACCACCUGGAGAGAAGUUGUCCCCUGCGUUCAUGGAGGCUCAGUGCACAUCCUGCAGCUCCCCGCUCCCUCCGGCCUCCGGUCCAAACGAAGAGGAGCCUCCCGGUCCAAACCACAUAGGGGAAGUGUCUUUAUUACUGCUUCCUCUGUGCUGCUGGGUUUGGGACAUGGUGUUGGCCUCCAUCUGCCAACAGAAGUCUCUGGGGACGAGUCAUUUUCACAAAUACGUUGUAAACACACUGUAAUAAAUACAUUUCAUGUUAAACAAAUCAUUUAGUUUGUGUUGUUUUGUGUUUCACUGUGAGACUCUAAGUAUGUGGGUAAAAUGGUCAAAAUACUCACUUAUCAUAACACCUGUAUGAAAUGCUAAAUAACAGGCUGAGGUCAGAAUAGUGUUGUGUGAUGGAAAAAUUGUGCCUUUGUGCUAUUUCUUAUCCAACGCAGUCGUCAUGUGCUGGUUAGGUGCAAUACUGAACUGAACAUUCUUACACAAACAACUAAUCUCUUGUGCCCUGUCGUACAUCAAGUCUAAACAUCUAAUGUUUCAUUUGACUGACUAAUAAUUUAUGAUAUAUGUUUGACUUUUACACCCGGGCUCUGGCUCCAUCCUAUCUGACUCCCCACCAGACCCAAGGCUGUUAAAGCAAAUGCAUCUUGUCUUCGAAGCUUGGUGUUCCUUCCUUUGGAUAACAAGACAGGGUGAUGCAGAAGUGAGAAGGCAAACAUUCUCACUUGUAACACUAAUCAGGAUGUUCAUUUACUUACUUCGCUUUACUACAUACAUCAAUGUACUGAAUGCAUAUGGAAUAAUUAGUGAGUCUGCAACGGUAACGAUGUAGCUGCCAGUUUAAGCUGCAUGUUGUGUCCGCACUGGCUUGUGGCAAUCUUCAGUUCCUGAAUUCAUCUCUAGCAAAAGGAAACAAGCUGCUCUAAGAUCAGCUGGAGAAGUGGAACACUAUCACAGCCUGAUAAUCUCACGUAGGAGAACCUUCCAUGUCCAUGUGCAGAUGUUCAGCAAAGACCUCUUUGAAACGCAGACGCUGCUUGUCCGAGCUCUCUGAACCUCUGUGUUUGACCAGCGGGGAUGCAAAGAGGAAAGAAUCUGCUGAAGCUGAAUAACGAAUGCACGUGUAUUUUAGUCAUUUCACAUCUGAACUGUCUCACUGCUCCCAGGGGAAACUUUGUUUAAGUAUACUCUGGUAAUAUGUAGCCCUGCAUUAGGUGGUGGACAGUAUGAACAACUGUUGGCCGUACUGACUUCUGUCAGUGCGUUGCAUCUCCAUGAGCUAAUCCCAUCUGGAUGGCAACAUCAGAAGAUUCCUUGGAGCUACGUCAGAAGCUCAGAGAACAAGCACAAAAAGCACUUCCUCAGCACAAAUGUUUAUAAAUUCAAACACGCUCAUGUGAUUCCUGAGGAAGCCACAAUAAUAGUUCAUGAACAAGAAAUGUUGUGUGUUCGUCCAUGACACAUUUUAAUCUCUUAGGGCAUAACUGAACCCAACAUAAGGCACUGUGUCGAACACUAGCAUAGUUCAUUUCUCCUGAAAGCGAUUACUAGUGUUCAUCUGGACGAUUUCAAAGUCCAACAAAUACAGAAUAAAAAAAAGAGGUGUGUUGUAGCGUGCUGCCGUCAUCCCUUUGCUACACCAUGAACUGGGUGUAUCCCUCAGCGCCUGCGACGAUCACGUCCAUCCAGAUCCUCACGGCCUCGGGAGACGGAGCGACCAUGUAGUAGACGCGGUCAUGAGUUUUCACACUGAAGGUCAGCGAGGGGUUUGGACUCUGGGGGGCGGAAGCAGAAGGUAAAGAUGAUGUUGGAUCCGACCCGUACACACAUACAGACAUACACACAAACAAGCGUGUGUGCAAACCUUAUGCGCGUUCUUCAAAUGAUCAUAACAUACUUCCUCAAUUGCUUGGAAGCCAAUGACUCCUUUCAGCUUGGCUUCAUGCUUGUCUAAAGAAGAGAAUAAAAUAUAUAAUAUAAUAAUACACCGUAUCAUUCACAUGUGCAUGAAGGGACUCUUCGUGUUUCGCAUGCAUUGGUAUGUUUACAGUUUCAUUUAAAAGACCAGUUUUGACUGUAAAAUACGUUCUGACUCCUCCUUUACAAACACUGACUUUGCCCGUUCCCACCUGCACAAUUUUUAACACAGUCAGCAAUAGUUUUUGUUUGUAUUGUGAGUGUAGCAUUAUGUAGAAAAAUAAUAAAUAAAUAAAAAACUCACUGAAAGUCUGGUGGGACUUUAUCUUUCAUCGAGCCACGUUCUUGUUUGGGCUACACGUAAACAUACCACGCUGGAAUGAGAACGCAUCAUUUUGGCUCUAGCGUUUAGCUUUAGCUUCGUAUAGUCCUAGGAUAUAGUUCCUACAGUAUAUUAAUUUGUUUUCAAGUUGAAUUAGCAUGGCCACAUGUAGCUAAAGUGUUAGUUUUUUGCAUUUUUCUAUGUGAAGGUAAGCAAAAUCCAUUUAGAAAAUACAGUGAUGCACUGUACGAAAGGGACUAGCUAAAUAAAUUAGCUUACAUUUCCGUCUUUCUCGUUCGCACGUGCACGCGUCAGUGGGUGUCAUGGAAACAGAACGACGGAAGUUAUAUAAGGCCCGUAGGCGCGGGUAUUCCCCCCUUUGCAGUUGGACGCUAACCUUGACGGACGAAAGUUUUUCUGUGGUGGCUAAGGAUUGCUCCAGGAACCACGAGCCCUUGGAUAUUUAACUCAAUUUAAGGAUCGUUGGAUUUACUAUUUGGGCAACAGUCACUCACCUGUUCUGAAAGAACCAACUGGUGCAUCUGGUGAGCUGAUGUCUGGAAGUACCGGCGUGUGGCCCAGAUUCACCUCUGCUUGGCAG